AUGCCCUUAGAAGGGGUUUUCAUUGAACCCUCUUCAAGCCCAGUUCCUGAUCUUUCUUUACACAUCAGUCCUCCUAAUAUUUCCUCUCCUUCUUCAGUAUGUAACAGCAACAGCAACAACAUUAGCAAUAAAGUGGAUGCAAGCUUCGAUCUUUUGGGCAGACAGGAAGCCAUCCAUAAGUCCAAUACAGUUAGCUCCAUGAGAAGUGAUUGUCAAGCUUAUAUAGAGCUCUCUCUAGCACACCCAACAACUGGCCUUGAUGAAGAAAGUAUAAGAAGUAGAAGAAAUCUAUCAAGUGCUAGAGCGCCAGAAGAGCUACCUCAUCACAACCCUUAUCAUCAACAAAGUCAUAAUCAUCAUCACCAUCAUCAUCAUCUUCAACAUUCUAAUGGUGCUACCCAUCACUUGAAUCAUAUAAAUCAUGGGGUUUCUCUACUUGAAGUAUCAGAUGGUUUGAGGCCAAUUAAAGGGAUUCCAGUUUAUCACAACCGUUCCUUUCCUUUUAUGCCUUUAGAACAUUCAUCAAGAGAGAAUAAAGAUCCCAAGAUGUGCUUCUACCAAAUGCCCUAUCCUUCUUCCUCUUUGUGCUCACCUUCUGUUAAUCCUCACUCUUCUUCUUCCACUUCUUCACCUUAUAGUAUCGGAGGAGGAGGUUUAGAUCCCAUGUCCAUGUUAAACUCGUCAGGGCCUAAUCAAGCUUUGCCAGGUCCUUAUAAUAGAUUAGCACCAACAAGAUUCAAUGGGCUCUCAAUGGAUGCUCUCAAAUCCCACCAAUUGCACCACCAUCAUCAUAAUCAAUAUGGAGUUGGAUCUAAUGAGGGUUCUCCCCAUGGCUUGAUUAGAUCAAGAUUCUUGCCAAAGAUUCCAACAAAGAGAAGCAUGAGAGCUCCAAGAAUGAGAUGGACGAGCACUCUUCAUGCUAGAUUUGUUCGUGCUGUUGAGCUUCUUGGAGGCCAUGAAAGAGCUACUCCAAAGUCAGUUCUUGAACUCAUGGAUGUCAAAGAUCUCACAUUAGCUCAUGUCAAGAGCCAUUUACAGAUGUAUAGAACUGUUAAGACCACUGACAAGCCUGCAGCCUCUUCAGAUGGAUCUGGAGAAGAAGACAUAUUGUCACCAAUUGGCAGUUUUAGUACUGGAAAUGAGCGUGGUGGACUGCAAAGAGGGGUACAAUCAGACGGGUCAACGGUACAGCAAGACAUGGACUACCCUUCACCUGCUGCUGCUUCAACUCUAUGUAGUAAUUCUUCAAGUGGUAGGGAAGCAUGGCAGCAAACAAACUCCAGGGACAUGGAUGGGCACAGACAGGGCAUAUUCCAGUCACAACAAAGAUCUGAACAACAAAUGGAGGAAUGCGAUUCCACUCUGCUGAAAAGCUACCUGGGAACUUCUUAUUUGGAUUGCAAGAACCCCAGCUUGGAGUUCACAUUAGCCUAUGCUUUCUGCAUUCUGGUUCUGAUUAUAAUCUUAGUGACAUGGAAUGAAGCCUGUGAGGCUGCAACUAUGAUUAUCAAAGCACACAGUUAA